CCGAGAACCUAUAAAUUAAAGUUGGGGAUUUCAUAAUGAUUCUAAGGCCCAAUAAGGAUUGGGAACGAGUGUUAUAUUUUAUUUGACCCGAUAAAAUAAAAUAUACUUAAAACAGUCCGGAAAAUACAACUUUCGGGACCGAUUGUACACUCGGGUACACAAAGGGUUGACCUCCCACAUGAGUGGGGGCCAACCCACGUCCUUGGUCUGGAAAAUAGCAAGGGGAUCCGCAUCAUAGAGCUGAGAAUUGGCUGGGGAAGUGAUUGGGAGACCAAUCAAUAUGAGGGUGGGACCUUUGCCAUAUGAUUUGGUGAGAAAUGCCAAAAUGGCAUCCUCAAUCACCCCUCACCCCAUAUGCUCGGUUCAAUCAUCCAAGGAAGGGAGAGAAACUCUGAAAAUACUCCAUUUCCUCAUCCUUUCACGCACCAAGAACAAAGGACGAAGAAGGAGGGGAAAAGAGAAGAGAAAAGGUUGUUUUGGAGAGGAAAACUUGUGUUUAGCAAGGAACUUUCACGGAGUUGAAAAGGUCGCCGGAGUUGUCGCCGGAGUUCGUUGAAGUUCGCCGGAGUUUCGUCGGAGCUAAAUCGGGAAGGCUAGAACUUCAUAAGCUUCAUUAAGGACCAGACAUGGACGCUCGGAACCUGGUUAAGCUGAAGAGGCAACUUGCCCGGGAGGAGCAGAAGAAGGAGGCCCCCGCACAGCAGAGGGCGGUCGAUGAGAUCUUCCCCAAGGCGGGAGCGGCCGAAGAGGCCAAGGAGGCGGGGCCCGUACCGGAGGCCGCCGUUGGGGGCUCCCCCGGUCUGGAGCCGAAGAGAAAAAGGCAUGGGAAGGACCCGGCACAACCGGAGGGGAAGAAGAAGAAGAAGGGGGCCCCGGAGUCGAAGGAAGCCCCUGUUGUGGUCGUAGACGAAUCUUCUCCUCCCAAGCCUUCGGGUCAAGCCACUGAUCUGACAUGGCCCCUGGACAAAGUCCAAUUCUCCAUUACGAAGGGGACUGCUAUCAUGCACGGGACCCUGAACCCGAAGGAGUUUUUGAGGGGUACCACCCCUCCGACCGACAAGUCCGUGCUCUCCCGUCAG